ACUCGAUGACCUUGGCGAGGAUCCCGCCGGUGACGUUGGGGAGAGGGAUGCCGUUGUCGGCGCAGUCGUCCUCGAUCAUGUGCUUGAUCGUCUGGGACAUCAUCGCCACCGCCUCCUCCACUUCGAACGACUCGCCGUCGCUGCUCUUCAGGGUGAUGACCUUCUUCUCCGCCGCGGCCGCCUCCGUCGACAUUGUGGCGAUUGCGCGAGAGAUUUGCAGAGUCGAUUGGGGUUUGUGAAUCGGCUUUUGGCAGGGCGUGGGCUGUUUAUAUAGAAAAGAAUUGAAGAGGCAGGGUUUUCAUUGGCCCCAUCGGGAAAGGAAACGGGAAGGCUGCAAGAGUGCAGAACGGAAAAGGAUUAGUACUUUCUAGAAGCCUAGCACAAUGGAGAUUUUCCCGCUUCCGCGUAGGAAAACGAAACGACGUAAUA